AUGGACGAUUCUCUCAUUUCCCACUAUCAGGACAUGGGCAGUCGCGAAACUUCUCCCGACCCGAUCGUGCUGCCUUCAUCGCCUCCAUCCGGGAGGAAGAUGAGGAGUGUGCGAAAGGCGCGACAGUCGACUCCUCGAAAAUCUCGCCUCUCGACCGUGUCGCGCAUGACGCCGAGUAAGGAAAUCGUGCUGGACACCCCGCAACUUGGACCCAACGAUGGAAGCCCGUGGAGGAUCAAGGUGACUGUGCAGGCGGAGCAGAGGGACAGUCCAGGGAAGCUCGUCACGAGGACGACGAGCAUUCCAUUGAGAAGUCCGAGUCGGUCCCCCACCAAGAAGAGAAAGCCGACACCAAAGAGGAAAAUUGUGGAAGAAGAGGAGGAGGAGGAGGAGGAGGAGGAGGAGGCAGAGCAACCCGUGGCAGCGAAGAAGCCCAGAGGGAGAAAGAGGAAGGCAGCACCAAGCGCAGAGAAAACAAGUGCGCAGCCAGUCUCGCAGGUGAAGCAGAGUAUCGAGCAGCCUGUGGAAGAAGAGGACCAAAACGACGACGCAUUCGACGUGUUCGGGGAAGCUGCCGCCCUGGAGGCCGAGCAAGCCAUGCAGGCCAUGGACUCUUCAUCACGAGCGCAAACCCCACCGAACAACCGCCGUGCCAGUGGACGCCUAUCACGACUUUCUGCGCAAUGGUCUAACGGGACCGGCCGGACACAACGACUUAGUAGAGCUCGCGAAGAACUUGACGAAGCAUUGCAGGAUGCUGUUGGAGAUGUGACCUACUACGGGGACUUGACGCUCAGUAGAGCUGAGGACUUUACCAUGGUGUCACUGGAGAGCUUGCAGACUGCCAAGGAAGCAAGCAUGCUGCAUAACUCACACCUCUCGCGAUCGCAUUUGUCUACUGUGAAGGAGGGAUUGGAGCCAGUGGAGAAGUCAGCAUUAAGUGUGAGCUACCUGCCGAGCAGUCCUCCGAAGCAAGCACAAACCGUGCAGUAUCCAGACCUUUCUGCGGUCAAGGGACGAACAUCGCUGCUGUCAUCGUGGGAGCCUUCGGUGCAGAGACAAGGUAGCUUGCAGAGUCCUUUCGAGCCUACGAGUUCGGCAAGGAAGCGACGAAAAGUCUCCAGCCCGAGAGAAGAGAGUCGUGCCGAUAGUCGAAGAGUCACAGAAUUGAGAGCUUCGACAAGCAGUCGCAGGACUGGAAGUGCGAAGGAAACCCCGCAAGAACAGUGGCGAAGGGAGCGCGAGGCCGUCAGUCAACAAAUCCGGGAAGCGAAUCCACAGAAUGUCGUGACUGUCGACGACGAUGUCGACAUGAGCGAUGAAGAUGAUCAACAAGAUUUCGGACCCGAGACUCAACUAGACGUCGAAGCUGGAGACGAGGACGCUGGUGAUCUAUGGCACACUGAGGCCUCACGCGACAUCGGACAAGACUCACAUCGUGACAACGUAGCCGAGCAACGAACGCAGGAUUCGCAGAGGUCAGAGAGGGUGGAAGAUUUGUUCGCACACAUACCGCCGAAACCACUUCGGUCUAAGAUACCUCCAGAGCCCACGAACGAGCGCCGCAAUAGCACCGACGGAAGUGGUGUGCUGACACCGCCGAGUACUGAUCGAAGCAGUGAAGAUAUUCAGGAGGAAGUCGGGACUGUUGACUUGCAGGGAGAAGCCAAUGAUCAGCUUCAAAGCGAAUUCACUCAGCCUGAGACGGAAGGAACACGGUACCAGGACGAUGAUAUCGGGAUGUUUGAAGAUGAAGAAGAGGAGGAUGAACUGCAGCAGAACGAUGCGAUGCCUCAGGGUGCAGACGACGAAUCUUCUGACGCCGAUAUUGAACGCCAGGAAACACCUCGAAGCAACUUGAAUCGCGACGGAGAAUACGCGCCAAGCAGGAAUGAUAGUAAAAGCCCGCUUUCUGAAGUCGAGAGCCUUGACGCGGCCGACAAGGUGCUCGCUCGAUCGGCCAUUCACUCGUCGGCCAAGAGCACGCGAUCAUCUCGCGCACCUGAACGCGGCAUCAUGCAGGGCGCGUUUCCAAGUGAUGUUGAGUACCAGCCAAAACGUUCGCGACGGAGCACAAGUCGCGCACAAGACACAUCGGCCCAGGACUACGAGAACAUCGCCGCCGACAACUCGCAUCGGAGCAACAUGCCACAACAAAACAAUACGAAGCCUCGACGAAGGCCUCCGAGAAGACCGACCGCGGACUUGACGGAAUUGCUGGGUCUGGCGAGUAGUCCUGCAAAGCCCGCGCCUCAAGAAAUCAAGAUCAGCGAGGUGGGAAAGCCAGCCCAACACCUAAGACAAAGCGCGUCCGCCGGCACACAGAAGGUGAACUCGAACGAGAAGCACCAUCCUGUCAAAGCGAACGGCGACACGCAGCACUUUGAAGAAGUCGACUUCGCAUCGCCAUACCGGCUGAAACAAACGGCUGUUCCAGCUCAGAAUGCUUUCAUUUCUCCUCCGAAACUUACGCACGAUCCUAGCACAGGACAAUUAUUGGCGCAGCCGAAGAGGAGGGGAAGGAGAAAGAAGGCUGGUGAUCAAAGUUUGACGGAGACCUCGAUGACCGAUAGCUUCGCCAGCAGCAACAAUAGUCUGCAGCAGCAAGAGGCUGCAGUUGGAAAUGGCGCUACGCGGAGCGGUGGGGAGCAGAUCAACGAUAUGCCAGCACCUAGAGGUGGAGAUCUGUCGAAUCUGUCCCAACAAUCUGAAAAGCCGCAAUCGUCAUCAAGAGACCUGGUACAGCAAGGUAUCUUGGAACAGCAACGCAGAGACCGCGAAACGGCGGCGCUUCGCAAAAGUGCACUUUCGAGGAAUGUAACUCAACCCGACCCGAUCGAGGUACUCCAGUCAAGUGCUGUCAAGAGAAAAGAGAACCAUUUGAUGAGACAGUGGGGUGACGAAGAAGAGCAUGCUGCUAAGCGUCGAGCACUUCGCGAGCCAUCGCAUGAAAGACCAGGGACGGGAAUCAGCACCCGGGAGUAUCACGCGCCAGCUAGGUCAAGCCGAAGAAGCGGUGACCAGGAACAGCUACUGCGGGAGAGCAUCAUGUCGAGAACGGGCUUAAUACCUGAGCAUCGCCGCGGACAGCCUCAACGAAAGCAGUUCGCAGUUUCAUACCCUGACAAUGAAGGCCAUGAACAAAGGCACGAGUCAGAGCAUGCGAAUGGCCACUGUCGCACCAUCAGCGCUGCAGACAGCAAUACCGAUAUGCCUGACGAUGAGGGUACUCGUGCCCCUAUAGAAGAAGAAACGCUUGACCAGGAACACUCCUAUGAAGACCAGUCGACAGUGCAUCCCGAAUACCAGCGAAGUUACGAAGAGAACUUGAAUCUCGACUCACCGGCCAAAAUCAAGGUCAACUUCAACGAUACACUGUCCUUCGCUGAGCACGUUGAUCAGACGUCCUCCUGGCUGGCCGAAGCGCGAAAACGACCUGCACUGUUUGAUACCUCAACUCCACCACAACCGAAAGCGCGAGUCUUUCCGCAACCAAACUUCCGACCAAUAGCUUUGGAACGUCCGCCAGGAACACCCGAGCAGAAGAGAGCUGCUCCACUCCCUGGUCUCAACAUCUUCAGCAAACUCGGCUCUGCCCUCUGGAAUGCUGUCCCUCGCUCCAAAGAGCCCACGGAAAUCUACCCGGAGAACUACAAUAAGGCUCAGCAACAAAAUGAGACCUCAUUCGCCACGAUUAUUACUACUCACGAUGAUUCCACCUUCACCACCUCCCUUCGCUCCCAGCUUCGUUCUCGUUACGGAGUACUGUCGUCAACUCAUCCUUGGACUAUGGCUCACCAGCGCACCCUCCACCGCAUGCUCAACUCUGCUCUUUCGCGCCGUCACGACACCUUGAUCCCGUCUUCUGGCCCUCUUCCAAAGCAGGUCUUCAAGCUCGUUGACACGACGAUUUCAUCCAUCACCGGCUACAAAUUCCUUUUCACGCAUCAACAUGCUUACGUCGUGUGGUCAUUCUUCCAAAUCUUGGUUGACGACGCUUUGGUCCAGGAUAUGAAGAAUGGUGACGUGGGAUUCCUUGGCGAUAAGACUGCGAGGAAGAUCAGAGGAUAUCUUGAUCCAUUGCGGCAUGGAGAUGAUUUGGUUUGGACGCUCGAGAGAGAAGCUCCGGAGAAGGUUGUGCGUUAUGUCGAGGAUUUGGCCGAGAAGAAGGAAGUACUUGAGUGGGGAUUUGUGGCGAGGGCACUGGGUGAUUGUGUCGGAAGCAAUGAGAUCCUGGAGAGGAGGAGUGCAGAGAGGUGAGUUUUGGAUACCACUUGGCUCUUGGUUGUCGAAGAUGUUGAAGCUAUUAUCUGUUGGCUUGGACUGCGGUGUUGGAGACCAGAGCUUGAAGCUGGAAGAUUGUUGAACGAUUGCUUGGCAUUGGCAUUUGCUGUUGGAGCAAAAGAACAGAUUGAAUGAUUGCACGAUGGGUCGGAUGCGGAGUCAAAUUGGAGAGCGAAAGAUGAUACCCCAAUAAUGUUUCUUGCUUUGCUUGUAUUGCUUGGAUCUUA